AUGGUCGAUCGACAGCCUUGGUCGAUCCCUGAUAUCACGUUCACCAAUGCAGAUUUCCAUGCGUCAGACCCUGAUCAUGAUGACCCCAUGGUCAUCACUGCCAAUAUAGCUCGGUACGACGUCAGCAAGGUUCUCGUCGAUCAGGGGAGUUCGGUCAACAUCCUGUAUUGGUCCACCUUCAAAAAGAUGGAUCUAUCCGAGGACCUCAUCGCCCCUUUCAACGAACAAAUUGUAGGCUUUUCAGGGGAAAGAGUCGACACCCGGGUGCGGCCUUGUUUGAAUGCAUUUGGAGCUAUCGUGUCCACCCCUCACCUGGCCAUGAAGUUUCCUACAGAGCGCGGCACUAUUUGCACUGUCAGGGCGGAUCAGCGAACGGCUCGACAAUGUUAUGUUGCCGGGCUUAAAGUCACCCCUUUCGUACCAACCAAAAGGGCGAGAGGAGCUGAAACAGCGGCGGUCGAAUUGGACCCCCGAAUCAAUGUAGACGAACGUCUCCAUCCGCAAGGCGAUGUCAAAUCCCUUUCAUUGACAGCGAACGCGUCCAAAACCACAACCAUUGGCGGGGACCUCGCUUUGAAUGACGAACAGGAUCUAGGACGUAUGCUGCGAACCAACACGGACUUGUUCGCGUGGACGGCCGCUGAUAUGCCAGAAAUCCACCCCGGAGUCAUGGCCCACAAAUUGUCUAUCUUCCGAGAGGCACGACCUGUCGCGCAAAAGAAGCGACGGUUCGGAGAAGAGAAACGCAAGGCCAUUCAAGUCGAAGUCGAGAAGUUGAUGAACGUCCAGUUCAUUAGGGAGUUGACUUACACUACGUGGUUGUCGAACGUAGUCAUGGUCAAGAAGUCGAACGGCCAGUGGAGAAUGUGUGUCGACUUCAUCGAUCUCAACAAAGCAUGCCCUAAAGACUCAUAUCCCUUGCCUAACAUCGAUCGGUUGGUAGACGGAGCUUCCAUCCAUGUUAUACUCAGCUUCCUCGACGCAUACUCGGGAUACAACCAAAUCCCCAUGUACGCACCUGAUCAGAGCAAGACAGCUUUCAUUACCGAACGCGCCAAUUACUGUUAUGAAGUAAUGUCGUUCGGCUUGAAGAAUGCCGAGGCUACAUACCAACGCCUCAUGGAUAAAGUUUUCCAUCAUCAGAUAGGACGAUGCAUGGAUGUUUAUGUCCACGACAUGGUCAUUCGGAGCCAUUCUAUGGAGCAACAUUUGCGGGAUUUAAAGGAAGUGUUCGGCCAAAUCAAAAGAUACAGCAUGCGGCUUAACCCUUCCAAAUGUACCUUCGGAGUCCCGACGGGUAAGUUUUUGGGUUUCAUGCUUACGCGUCGAGGCAUCGAAGCUAACCCCGACAAGUGCAAAGUCGUACUCGACAUGGCUGCUCCAAAAACUCUAAGGGAGGUACAACGUCUAGUGGGUAGACUCACAGCCCUGUCUCGCUUCAUUCCGAAGCUAGCCGAACACAUCAAGCCCAUCCUAAAGAACAUGAAGAAGGGUACCACACGACACUGGGACGAUGAUUGCGAAACAGCAUUCAACACUGUCAAGCACAUUNGGAGUCCCGACCGAUCACCUCCUAGAGAUGACCGACGCCGCAGGCGAUUGCGCAGCCAACCCCGGCGGACAGAGAGAGAACGUUCAGUUCGAGGCCGAAUCGACACCAUAUCGGGUGGUUUCGCCGGGGGGAAGUGUCAUCUUUCGCCAGGAAGCGACAUCUGA